GCCACCCUCAAAGUGAACAAACAGGCCAAAGUACGUUUCAAAAUCGGCCACUAUGAGGACACGCUGUGAUGUGACGUAGCUCCGAUGCAAGCUACUCACCUGCUGCUAGGGAGACCAUGGCAGUAUGACCGAGGAGCAGUCCACGACGGAAGGACCAAUUAUUACCGAUUCAGGCUGGAAAAUCGCAAGUUCUUGCUUAAGCCGCUAUCACCGGCCGAAGUCCACGCCGAUCAGCAACAAAUGAAGGCGAAUCGGGGUAAGCAAAGGGGAGAUGAUGCUGGGUUAAUGGCUCGGAGGUUUAUGCUCACAGCUUUGAGCAAAAUGAGUCCUCCUCAGCAAGCCGAGCGCUGGCAGCUCUGCUCUCCGACACCAAAACAGAGCAGGAGAGAGAAGCAAUGGGGCGAAGUAGCUGGGCGAACGACGCGCGAGCCUAACGCCGUCAUCGUCUUCCACGAGGACCCAGAAUCCUCCUCAAAAGGUGGAAUCGACCCGAACAAGCCCCCGGUGCAAGACCCACUUCGGGUUUAUAAGCCUUUGACAGCACUUGCGGCAGGCAGCAAAUCGAGUGAAUGGGGUGGAUCGUCUGGGUACGAAUUGAAGCCAAAGGGCAUUAUGGAAUCGUUACUAUCAUUCUCCGGGAUGCUGUGAAGUCGAUCAAUUGGAUCCAAAGGUGGCUAGCAUCAAAACGUCCAAUUCGGAAUCAAAAGUUCUGGGUUCC